AAGCUGUGGGCAACGAUCAAUGACGAGCGCCGGCAGGGAAGAGCCGCCGUCGCCUGACGGGCCAGCCGAGGAAUGGAAGCUGCCCGACCGCAAGGCAUACCUGACCUCGCUCUCGACGGUGGCCUUUCUCAGCGGUCUGGGCAUCGCCACGGCCGUGGCUGUGCGGAGGGGGCGGGCGCAGAAGGCUGCUCAGGACGCCGUCCAAGCCGCAGGCCAUGAAGUGGCAACCUCUUCGACGGUAGCGACGGCUACGCGCACGGCAGGGAACACUGGAGUGGCCGCUCGCAGUCUCCCAGAAGGGACAGUAGACUCACUGGAAGGAGCGACCGAGAAGGGGCCCCUUGCUCUAUUUCGGGAGAUGAAUGCGGCUGCCUUUGGUCUCAAAAAAGGUUCGUCGUCACCGUCGUUUCCAUCGUCUUCCUCGUCCGCGCAGGCACCGGCCCCAAGCGCUCUGAGACGGACCUCCAUUCAGAGGUCCGUGUUUGAUGCGCAUGCAGCCGCUCCUCCGCCUUCAGCUCUCGUUCGAGCACCCGCUCCGUCGUCAUCGUCGUCUUUGUCAGCGGUAAUGAAAGGAAAGGAGAGGGCAGCAGCCAUGACCAACGGAAAGGGAGCCGGCCUAAGCGCAAACGAAGAGGCGGAAGAGGACGGCGAAUCGCCCGCACUCGUCGCCAUCAAGGCCCUUGGGAUCGCCACGGCCCUCGUUGGCGCAGGCGCGCUCCUCUUUGCCGAGGUGGCCAGGCGCAUCCUGGGCGUCAAAAGUACGGACGAGCUGGUGGAGAAGCUGCACGAGCUGCUACCAGAGUCGAUGCGGGACAACCACGGCCUCGCGGGCGUGCGACGGACCCUGGGCGCGGCAUUGGGCAAUGUCGAAGAAGGAAGAAAUGACGGAGAACGCUCUGAUGCAGAUUUGCCAGCGAGCUACGGCGAGGAAGAUGGGGAACCCCUGCCGCUGCAGGAAGCGCUCGACAGGAUGGACGAGGCGGCCAGUCGCGGAGAAGCGGCCGAAUGGGCCGGCGUCAUGAAUACGCAGAUCAAUGCUGAGGUCAGGCAGAUGGUCGAAGAGCGCAGGAAGAGGUUGCAGCAGCAGCAGCAGCAGCAGCAGCAGCAGCAGCAGUGAACACCAUCACCCAUCGAUUGAACCGGU